AUGGGUGUCGGAGCUCGGUCGCUGACGAUUGCGCUGUUCAGGAACGACCUGCGUGUGCACGACAACCCGAUCCUGAGCCACGCCCAUCUGGCGACGGUCAAGGAGGGCGACUCGGUGCGAAGAAACAAGGUGUCGGACUACGUCUUGCCGCUCUACGUCUUCGACGAGCGCCAGGUCGAGCUCUCCGGCCUGGAGGGCUAUCAGUCGCAGGCCGGGCCUGCACGCACCGAGGUCUGCGGGUUCUGGCGGACUGGCUGUCAUCGGCUCAAUUUCUUGUGUCAAUCAGUCUACGAACUCAAGCAUCAGCUUCAAAAGAGGGGCAGCGAUCUUCUCGUCAGGUUCGGAGUCGUCGAAGCCACCACCAUCAAGAUCAUCGAGGAGCUCCAACGGAACGGCUUCACUGUCGAUCAUGUGUAUAUGGCCAAGGAAGCCGCGUUCGAGGAAGUCGGGACCGAGAAACGCUUGGCGGGUCUGUUGGCCAAGUUGGCCCACAAAGUCCCACUCACCCUGUUCCAUUCACGAUCUCUAGUCCAUCCGGAUGAUCUGCCCUUUACGAUCAACAAGACGCCGGACGUAUACACGCCCUUCCGAUCGAGAGUGGAGUCAUUACCGGCUGCCAAGCUAUGUCGGCCGCUGCUCCCGCUGCCGGAAAAGCUGGUCCCGUUCCCGUCGCUUCCGGACAGUAUCCUCAAAGCGCCGGCGGAGCGGGGAUACUCGGGAUCGCUCUGUGAGGGCGAGGGCAUGGAGGCGGUGUUCAGGAAACUGGCCGCCCCGUUGCUCGCAAGCCCCAACAUCCCCCAACCAGACUCCCAACAAGAUCACGCCGAAUACACGCCCGAUCCCAGGUCGGCUUUCCCCUACCAAGGCGGCGAAUCAGAGGCCUUAAGAAGACUUGAUGAUUACUUCUUCAAGGGCGACCAGCCCCCCGUUAGGACCUAUAAAACCACCCGAAACGGCCUGCUCGGCCAUGCUUAUAGCACCAAGUUCUCUCCCUUCCUCGCCCUCGGUUGCAUCUCUCCUCGGAAAAUCAUCCAUUCGUUGUGGGAUCAUGAGGCUAAGCUUGGAUCUAAUAAGGAUACUUAUUGGGUAUUGUUCGAAAUCUUAUGGCGAGAUUAUUUCAUCUUCAUCAGCCAAAAGUUCGGCAGGACGUUAUUCUUGCUGAAAGGCUUCGAGGGGCGAAUGGAUCCCAAAGGCGCGGCGCAGAAGCUGUCGUAUUGGAAGCCAUUCAGAGAUGAGAAGAUGAAGCAAGGAUCCAAAGGCCAAGCGGCGGUGAACCGGAGUGCAUUGGCCUGGCUGAAGGGCACAACCGGCGUCCCGUUCAUCGACGCCAACAUGAUCGAGCUGCGCGAGAGCGGGUUCAUGAGCAACCGGGGGCGCCAAAACGUCGCGUCGUUCUUGGCCAAAGACUUGGAGCUGGAUUGGCGGAUCGGCGCGGAAUGGUUCGAGUCCGAGUUACUGGACUACGACCCCUGUUCGAACUACGGUAAUUGGCAGUACGUCGCCGGGGUCGGGAACGAUCCGCGAACAUCAAGACAGUUUAACCCCAUCAAACAAGCAAAGGAUUACGACGCUCAGGGCGAAUACGUCAAGCAUUGGAUCCCCGAAUUGAAGAACUUCCCAGCAAACAGAAUCCAUUCUCCGUGGCUUAUGAACAGUCAAGAAUGGGACAAGUAUUUAGCCGGGCCUCAUAAAGGAGACACUCACGAGAAGGGCGCCGGGCAGGAGUAUCCUAGACGGCCGAUCUUGGAGCAACAGGCGUGGAAAAAGCAUUACCAAAGACGUUAA